CCACCACAUGGCUAUCAAACGACCCAGGUCAGCACAUCGCACCGAAGGCGGAGACAAAGCCAACGAAUCUAUCCCCAUGUCACCCUCAUCAUCGUCAUCUACUGCGUCGGACACUGGGAGGGAGCCCAAGCGCCAGCGGUCCAAGAAAGCACCUAGACGCGAUAAGCUCAGCCCUUCCUCCGCAACCUCCUCAUCGCCAUCAUCAUCCGAAGAAGAUGGGGGAGAGCCAGAAAACUCAGCAGACUGGAACCAGAAGGAAGGUAUCUCGGUUCAAAAGAAGAAAAAUUCAACUCUAGCCGAACACGCCAAGCGGAGACUCAGUGGAAAAUUCGGUAUGGUUCGGAAGAGUAUGAACUUCGAACAACCCCCCUCUGGCCAUUCAUCACCUGCCCGAGUCCCCGGUAACGGCAGGGUAGGCGCACUCGCACGAGCAAGAGAGAACCAUGCAAAAGCGCGUCAAAGCAUCGGAAUCACUCAAGACAAUCCUUUGGUGAUCAGUACUGAAGUCAUGAAUAACAACUAUGACGAAUGGAUGAAAAUGGCCACUGACAAUAAAAUCAAUGUGAACAACACGUGGUCAUUCGCUCUAAUUGAUUAUUUCCACGACAUGUCACUGCUACGGAAUCCAGAAGCAGAGGGAGGGAUCAAUUUUCAAAAAGCAUCUUGUACUCUAGAUGGUUGUGUCAAAAUCUGGACUUCCCGAGUUGACAGUGUGGCAACUGAGACUGGGAAGCUACUAUCAGGCCUUGCGGAGGAAGCCAACAACAUUUCCAACCAGAUCGACGGCGAAGAUGAUGAGGAUGUGGGAGAGGAGUCAGGACUGAAAGCGCCCAAGAAAACUCGAACCCGGGCUACCAAUUCAACCUCAUUAGUCGAAUUCAACGAGAAAAUCAAAGUCAAAGAACUUGAACUUGAAUUCACCGUCGACCCUCUGUUCAAAAAGACAUGCGCCGACUUCGAUGAAGGCGGAUCUGGUGGAAUAUUAAUGAGCCAUUUGUCCGUUGACAGUUCAAUGACUAUCAUUUUCGACAUCAGCGACUCUAAAUACGGCGGCACGAUGACAUGCAACACUUCUUGGCAUGUUUCCCAAACUGAAAUGUUGUCAUCGAGACGCGCCUGGUUCCUGAAUUUUUUAGGCUCAACUGCGUUCCUGGAUUCAUUUGAAGGUUUCCAAGCUCGGUCUAUAUGUCCCUGUCUAUCAAACUUCAAAUUCUCUACCACGGACUCGAUUCAAUCCUUUGAAGGUCUUGCCGCGCUAGCCAACAUCAUGGAAAAACCUGAUGAGCCCCCUAUUACUCAUGAUACGCAUGAUACCGGUAACGACUUCUUCGAUUCAAACGAGUCGCCUAACCUUGGCGAAGAUAACUUUCAAAUUCCUGACCAUGAAGAUGUUGAUGAUGAGGGGGUAGAUAUGGGUGAAGCUUUCAAUCCGAGUGGGAUCCCUAAUCAAAGAGACCUUCUCAUGGCACUGGUCGAUGACAAUUCGAAACAGGCAGAAGGAGGACAGAGUAUCUUCGGUCAAGAGAGUACCGGGAUGUUUGAUUACUUUGACAAAAGUAUGAAGAAAAGUUGGGCGGGCCCUGAGCAUUGGAAGUUGAGGAGGACUGUUGCUUUCAAAUCUCGAGAUGACGAAAAUACGACGACGGUCAAUCGCACCAAGCGGGAAAAAUCGACAUUUUCAUUCGACUUUUUAAAACCUUUAGAAAACAGUCGUAAGUCGAUUUUCCAGGCGGGUUCUGCGAGUUUGACUUUGCCUGGGUACAAGCCACCGAAGCCGAAGUCACAGCGGAGAAUGAUCAAAAAGAUCGUUGGCAGCAAGACCGCUAUUGGAUCCAAGCAGAUGUUGGAACAGCACUGUUUGCCGGAUGAUAUGCAUUUCAAUGCUUCCCAGCUCUUGCGAUUUGACAUGAAACCCAAGACAACAUUCAAUAUGCGCGUCAAAUCUUCAGGAUCCGUGGCUCAUCAUCCUGGUGCCGACAUUGACGAAAACUACUGGGCCCGCACUGCGGCAGCAGCAGCACAAAACAAUCAAGAUCAAACGAAUCAAGAGGAAGAAAAUUCCAACGAUGCAAUCCCAUUUGCGACUCAGUUUUUCCAAGAUGAACCAGAUGAUCAGCCGGAUUUUGAAGAGGAGUUUGAUAAUCCGGUCGGAAUGACGGGCAACCUUUCCACUGAUCCGGAUGACACGACGUUGAAUGAUCCUUCGAAGACUAAAGAGGACGAGCAUGAUCUAAUUGCUGCCACUCAAAAUCUUAACGUUCGCGCCAGACCCGAGUUCGUUAACUACGCUAAGAAAGCUAAACGGGUUGAUGUCAAGAAGUUGAAGGAAAACAUCUGGAGAGAACUCGAAGAACUCACCAUUGAAAUGGAGGCUGAAGCUAACACAACUGAUCAUCAAGGAGAGAGUGAAGAUGCUUUAGAAGAAAAUGUCGAGAACCCAGAAGGCGAUGGGGGUAGCAAGAGAAGGAAGACGAAGACGUUCACAAAGGUGAUCAACGGGUUGAGAACGAUGUACCCACAGGAGAAGAUGGAAGAAAUCAGCACAUCGUUUUGUUUCAUAUGUUUACUUCAUCUGGCUAACGAGAAAGGCUUACGCAUCCAAUCGAUCAGCCAGUCAAAUCAACAACAAUUACCGCUAGAUUCGGCCAUGAAUGAUGAUGAUGGUAACAUCGAUGAUUCUGCUCCACUUCGACCAGAUGACUCCAAAUUUGUUGGUCGAUUAGAAGAGUUGAAAAUCUUGAAAGACGCCCUUUGAUUGCCCCCCACCACCACCAGUUUUUGUUUUAUAUUUUCAUGAUUUGUUUCUGCAUAAUCUUCACCGCUCAUGUGUUUCUUUUGGCUUAUUCGACCAAUGUUCUUUUGUUUCCCACCUUGGUUUGUUUUACUCGCUCUGUUCCUUCUAUCCUGAAUUUGAUGAACUUGAUGAUUAUUAGUAGUUCACAUGGAAGUCGAAAUACAGUCAAUUCGCAAUCGUUGCGUUUUCUUCUCUG